AUGUUGUCCAUUAACAGUUCCACACAGCUUCUGCCUCGUGUUGACUCGCCCGAAAAUGCCGGGACGAGUAAAUUGUUCGCAAACCUCGCUGCUCACCAAUCCAACCUGCGCGUCAUUCACACCACACCUUCUGAUGGCAACCCCUUGGUGUGCGUCGUCGGCGUGGGCUAUGUCGGCGAAAUCCUCCUCAAAGAGUUCGGAAGCAUAUUCCCAGCCAUAGGCUUCGAUCUCUCCGACUCUCGUCUCGAAUACCUCCAACCCUCCUUCAGCCCAUUGAAGACCGUCCGACUCUCCUCGGACCUGUCAAUCCUGAAAGAAGCCACACACUUCUGCAUCUCAGUUCCCACUCUCCUGCGUCCAGACAAGAGCAUCAACACCGACCAUCUUGUCCGCGCCAUUGCCAUGGUCACAAGCCAAGCACGAUCAGGCUCCACGAUUGUCAUCGAAUCCAGCGUCUCCGUAGGCAUGACCAGAACACUGCUUGGACCUUACAGCGACAAAUUCCACUGCGGAAUGUCUCCCGAACGAGUCGAUCCCGGCCGCACUCAACCUCCCGCCCGAGAAAUCCCAAAGAUCAUCUCAGCACUCUCCGAACCAGCCCUGCUCAGCAUGCACAAAAUCUACUCACAAGCUUUCGAUACCGUCAUCCCAGUCUCCACACCAGAAGUCGCCGAGAUGACCAAAUUGUUUGAGAACUGCUACCGCAUGGUUAAUAUCAGCUACGUCAACGAAAUCGCCGACGCUUGUGCUAAACAUGGCAUUGAUGCCGACGAGGUCAUUUCUGCCGCUGCCACGAAGCCCUUUGGAUUUCAGUCUUUCAAACCUGGACUUGGUGUUGGUGGACACUGUAUCCCCAUCAAUCCUCAUUACCUUAUGGUAAACAACGAUCUGCCAGUCCUGCGACGGGCGACCGCUGAUACAUGGGCGCGUCCUCGUUUGGCCGCGAGAGAGUUCUUCAGGGUCUGCAAGAAAUCUAAUGAAGAGCCACGGAUUUUAGUCAUCGGGAUGGGCUUCAAGCCUGGGCAGAGUGUGAUUAGUUGUUCUCCUGGUGUGGCCUUCGCCGACGAACUUCAAAAUCUUGGUUGUGACGGCUUGGCCUUCUAUGACCCUUUGGUUGAACAGGCGCAGAUUCCUGUGAUUAGAAAGUUGAGCGAAGAAGAGUACAGCGCCGAGUUUGUUGAUGCCUUGUUUGACGCUAUUGCGGUGUGCACGAAGCAGGAUAAGGUUGAUUGGUUGGUCUUGAAGAAUUUGAAGAGGGCGGUGGUACAGUGGUAUUAG